AUGCUUCUGUCCUCCGGAUGGCCAGCCUUGCUGUGGAUGGCCACCGUACUGUUGGGCUUGUUAGCCUCAGCAGCGAUGGCAGAAGAUAUCAAUACAUCUGAUACCUUCAAAGUCCUCACUGCCUCUGACAAUAUGGGCGGCAACUGCGACUCCAAGAAAGCCGCCGUGGAUGCAAUGGUUCCUGAGGUUCAGCAGUUGAUCAAAGCCGCGACCGACUCUAUCGACACCAUUCUGACAGAUCCGUCGGGCUUAGGAUCCUGGACCCCCUCAAAGAGGAAUGAAAGGUUGCGUCUUCUUUUGCUAGCAAGGCGAUUCUUCGGUACAAAGUUCAGUCCCCUCAACCUGAAAGUCGACUCAAGCACCAAGGGAACAUUGAAUACUGUCAAAGGGAGGUUCAACCAAAUCACGACCCAAAUCAAUGCCAAGGACAAGAAAUGGCGAUUCGGUUGCGACGACUCCUGGCUUCAAUACAUUACAAAGCUGCAAUCAGAAUACGCCAGCCUUCCAGUCGGCACUCCCGUCAAAGAAGUCCCUGGACUUGGAAGUGGUGUCUACGAGUGGGCGUUCUUUGACAGAGGAGGUCCGCAGCUGAGACCUUCAAAGAAUGAGGAUGACUUUGACACUCAGCAAACUUGGUACAUGUCACAAGCAAGAGGCUGGUUUGACACCGGUCCUUGCUCUGGCAUCAAGAAGAACACCCCCAAUGCAGUCUAUCCCGAUGCUCAGACCCUCAAAGAGCAGCUCAUUAUCUACUUCUGCCCUCGUGUCUGGGAUGAUAUUGGCACGCGGCUCAAAGACGAUGUCAGGAAUUAUAAAAGUGCAACUAUUGCUACUGAUGGCACGCAGUAUCUUGAUAGCUACAUGACCCCUGGGGCUACUCUACUUCAUGAGAUGACCCAUCAGGUAUUUGAUUCAGAGGAUGGACCGCCAAAGGGUCUUGGAUAUUUCUUCGUGAAUGUCGUCAAAGGGAAGGAUAAUCCCGAUCAGGCAACCAUGAACGCAGAUAGUUAUCCCUACUUUGCCGUGGCGGCUUAUCUUUCUCAGGUGGAAUGGCACUCUGGCGUCGCUCGUAAGAUUGGAGAGAGGGAAAAGGAUAUUCAUACUUAG